CGCCUGGUCGCGCGUGCGCAGAAAGGCCGUUGGUAAAGGCUGCGUCGGGAGUCGCAGGCGGCCAGGUAGAGAGGAACCAAAACUGUAUGGAAUGAAGGCAAGCAGUGAGUUACUCUGUUUCAGGCUAUACUAGUUGAAAGUUGCCCUGGGCUGGCCAUGGCUACAGCUUCUCAACUGAAUCUGGAUGCUCUUCGGGAAGUGCUAGAAUGCCCCAUCUGCCUUGAAUCCUUCACUGAAGAGGUUUUACGCCCCAAGCUCCUUCAUUGUGGCCAUACCGUCUGCCGGCACUGUCUGGAGAAAUUAUUAGCAAGCAGUAUCAAUGGUGUCCGCUGCCCCUUCUGUAGCAAGGUUACACGCAUCACCAACUUAUCCUUGCUGGCAGACAACCUGACCAUCCUGAAGAUCAUUGACACAGCCGGGCUGAACGAAGCCAUGUCACUGUUGAUGUGUCGGACCUGUGGGCGGAGACUACCCAGACAGUUCUGCAAGAGCUGUGGCAUGUUGCUUUGUGAGCCCUGUAGGACAGCAAAGCACCCAUUGCCCAAACACAGUGUGCUCCCCAUCAAGGAGGCAGCUGAGGAGCGGCGGCGUCACUUUGGUGAGAAGCUUGCUCAGCUGAGGGAGAUGGUCAAAGAAUUGCAACUGCGGAAGCAGACCCUUGAAAGGGUCUCCAAAGACUUGCAGGGCCGCUACAAGGCAGUUCUGCAGGAAUAUGGGCGGGAAGAACGGCGGAUCCAUCAGGAGCUAGCACGCUCACGCAAGUUCUUCACGGGAUCCCUGGCGGAGGUGGAAAAGGCCAAUAGCCAAGUGAUGGAGGAACAGGGAUACUUGCUAAAUAUUGCAGAAGUACAGGCUGUGUCUCGUUGUGACUACUUCCUGGCCAAGCUCAAACAGGCAGAUGUGGCUAUUUUGGAAGAGUUAGCUGAUGAGGAGGAACCAGAGCUGACAGCCAACCUGCCCCAGGAAUUGACCUUACAGGAUGUAGAGCUCCUCAAGAUGGGUCAUGUUGGCCCACUCCAGAUUGGCCAGGCAGUUAAGAAGCCCCGGACAGUCAAUGUAGAUGAACCCUGGAUUGAGGAGGUUGACACCACCUCCAUGACAAUCCCGGAGAUGGAUGGGAGCUCAGAUGACAUGACCCCUAGUCCUCGGUCUUCACCUUCUCGUCAGCGAAAGUCUGAGGCAGCUGCCAGCAUACAACAAUGCCACUUUAUCAAGAAGAUGGGUGCUAAGGGCAGCACACCAGGCAUGUUCAACCUGCCUGUCAGCCUCCAUGUCACCAAUCAGGGUGAAGUGCUGGUAGCUGAUCGAGGCAAUUUCCGUAUACAGGUCUUCUCCCGCAAGGGCUUCCUGAAGGAGAUUCGGCGCAGUCCUAGUGGCAUCGACAGCUUUGUGCUCAGUUUCCUUGGGGCUGAUCUGCCCAAUCUGACCCCACUGUCAGUGGCCAUGAACUGCCAAGGAUUGAUUGGUGUGACUGACAGCUAUGACAACUCUGUCAAAGUGUAUACUUUAGAAGGCCACUGUAUUGCUUGCCACCGGAGUCAGCUGAGCAAGCCCUGGGGCAUUACUGCACUACCCUCAGGACAGUUUGUGGUCACCGAUGUGGAGGGAGGCAAACUGUGGUGUUUUACCGUUGACCGAUCAGCUGGAGUGGUCAAGUUCAAUUGUCUCUGUGGCGCUGUUCGGCCCAAGUUUGUUACCUGUGAUGCUGAAGGCACUAUUUAUUUCACCCAGGGUCUGGGCCUCAACCUGGAGAACCGACAGAUUGAGCACCACCUUGAGGGUGGUUUCUCCAUUGGUUCUGUGGGCCCCGAUGGGCAGCUAGGCCGUCAGAUCAGCCACUUUUUCUCUGAGAAUGAAGAUUUCCGCUGUAUUGCUGGUAUGUGUGUGGAUGCUCGUGGGGACCUCAUUGUUGCUGAUAGCAGCCGAAAGGAGAUUCUUCACUUCCCCAAGGGUGGUGGCUAUAAUGUUCUUAUCCGGGAGGGACUCAUUUGUCCUGUAGAUAUUGCUCUUACUCCUAAAGGGCAGCUGCUGGUACUAGAUUGUUGGGAUCACUGCAUCAAGAUCUACAGUUACCACUUAAGAAGAUACUCUACGCCUUAAAGGGAGCUGGCGUUCUCCACCAUAGCCAUCCUUUCUCCUAAUAAAUCUGUGGGUGUCUUUAAUGCCAUAGAUUAGUUUUGUGUCCUGAUCCUAGCUGGGUAAGUAUAGAAUGCAAGUGUCAGUGUUUAGAAGUCCUGUACUUUAGUUUGCCUCUAAGAAUAGAGCUUUAAAGGAUCAGCUGGCAUUGAAGAUGUGGGACAGUUAGCUGUACUCUGAUUAGCCACCAGGCCCCUCCAAGACUUCGCCAGUUUUAAUCAUCAUAGAGACUAAAGAAUGUCUUACCAGCAAAUCCUCAUUGAUUUUCCUGUUUCUCUUUUGGAUCCUUGGCUUGUUGGCUUGUUUCCACAUACAUUCUGCCUGCCAACAAAGGGUUCUCUGCACUGCUGACUGAUCUGCAUGCUGUACUGGGACCUGCUCCCCCAGCUCCUUAUGGCUCUUCAGUAGCAUUUCAGAUGUAUCCCAGUAGUACUGCCACCGAGUUCACUCACCUUUACUAAUGUGAAACAAGUCCAGUGCUCCCCAAGAAGAUACCUUGGAAGGCUAUUUUCUGCAGACCAGAAUAUUUUAAAUAUCUUAACCACCAGGGUUUAGGGGUGAUUGAGAAUGGAAUGACUUUGUGGACCAUUACAGAAUUCUAAAUUGAAAGCUGAUUGUCUGUUAAAGGGAUUUGUGUUUUGAAACUUUGCCAAAGUAAAAAAAAAAUGGAAUCAAUAAUAACAUUAACAAAUAAUAAGUUUAUUCAUACUCUUCAAGAUGCUGUAGUUUGGCCCACCAUUAUUCAUGAUCAACUUCCAUGGGUCUACUCACUUGUCUAAGAGUUUGUAAAACAAGGCCAAGGGGUGGGAGUGGAUUGAGAAUCAUUAUCAUUAUUGGAAAACUCUUUGGUGGGUGCUUAGCCUGCAUUUUCCCAAUGGAGUGUAAAAUAUUCAGUUUCAGGAUUUAUUUCUAUUCCUUUGUUAAGCAUUAAAUAAUUGAUGGCA